AGGUUUGAUUUGGGUACGGAUAUAAAGGCCUACAAUUGAACAACCAUGUUUGCCAGGGUGGGAUGCAGGAUUCUCCUAUUACGAAAGAAAAUAACAUUCUGCGUGUAUCAGAAUGCAUGCCACCGAUGGAGGCAUGGACUCGCAUCUUCACAAGAUACAUCACUCCAGUUCAUUUACAGAGUGUUCAGACGAGCAGGACUUGUAGGAUUGGGAGGAUUGUGUGCUCUUCCUGUUCACAAUGUAAAGGAGGAUGGUGUGAAAGGCUUGCCUAAAGUUAACCCUGAUGCUCUGACCAGUACUACCCUUAUCAAGAAUGCUGCGGCCAUGACGGUCGAUUCUGCUUCUGCACUUCUAACCCAGACGUUUGUAGCUGUCAUCGACAAGUACAAGGAACUUGCUAAGGAUAUUGAACUUCUGAUGGAUAGAGUUCAGAAGCAUCGGCAAGCUGAGAAGCUUGGCUACCAUUCUGAAGAACUGUGGGAAGAGGUCAUCGAGGCACGGGUCAACAUUGAUGAUCGCAGGCAUGAGCUACAGGACCUUGAAGCUAUUUUAAACAGCGCCCUCUUAACCCUGGAGGCAGCAUCCGAAGCAGCCUUCCAGGCCGGCAACGAGGAACUAGCCAUGAUGGGGCGAGACCGAUGCCAGUACGUCAACACGCAGAUCGCCCUGACUAGAGCCGUCAUCCAGAAAGCGGAGACUGCUCUGGUGAAACUGCAAGCGGAAACCAUCAAGGAGACCAAAACAGAGAAGGAGGAUGCUGCUGAAGGAGCAGAUUCCUGUAAAUAGUCGACAGAGGUAUGUUUCAUUUUAAAUACUGGAAGUGUCUGGUGAAGCUGCAAGCAGUGACCGAAUCUUCCAAAGAAACAGACUGAGGAAGACGUUGAUUCCAGGAACAGGAUCCAGUAAACAGGACAGAGAGGAUUGUUACGGGGCCAAGGGGCCUCUUGCAUAAAACUUUUUACCUGAGAAAACUCAUGUAUUAUUUACCCAAGUUUUUGCCCUGUGUUAAAGUCAAUGGCAAAAAUCAGACUAACCUUAGUUUUUACCGGAGUUUUCUCAGGCAAAAAGUUUCAUGCAAUGGGCUGCAAAUCUCCAUAUGCACGAUUUGCAAUCGUAGAAUAUUAUUUAACGAUUUGAUAGCAUUGACUACACUGUGCAAUUAAUCAUAAAAACCAAGCUUGCGAUUAAUCGCCGACAUUUAUGUUAUGGGGCCUAGGCCUCCAUAUGCAAGAUUUGCAAUCAGUCACUGAAUGGCAUUCGAAAACCAAGAUCUAGUUGUUGGAUGCACUCACCAGGGGAUUAUCUUCAUUUGUUUUAAUCAGUUCGGCCACUAUCCACAUGGUCCAAUUGCCGUAUCGUCUAAUAACCAGUUGGUUCAAUAGCCAUCUAGUCCAAAUACUAUUUGGUGUAAUUUGACUCGGUGUUGAUUGGGCAAAAUGAAUGAAAAAAUGGAUAUUAGACCAACUAGUUAUGAGACAAAAUGGUCAUAGAUGAACUGGUGAUUAGACAAAGUGAUGAUUGGACCAAAUGGUUGUUAGAAGAAAUGUUGAUGGACCGAAAGGCAUUGGACUAUUAAAGUGAAGGUAGACCAUUUAAUCAGUGGGCGAGUUGGCAAUAGACAAAAUUGGCAGUUUACCUCUCCAGGAAUCGGUCAGAUUUGUUCUUUUCGUGUUUGCAAUUCAUCCCCCUCCGUUUGCAAAUGGCUCCUAUAACUCCUUUGAAUGUUAUAACAGAAAUAUGGCACAGUAUAAAUGCUGUAGAUCAUCAUCAUCAUCAUACCAAACAAUAAUUGAUCAACAAUGAUCAUGGGCAGGGAAAAAUAUUAAUUGUGUCUGAUAAUUUUUUCUAUGUAAAUUCGUCCCAGUUUUUGUUGUGAAUGAAAAAUCUCUCUAGGUAUACAUAUGAUAGAUUUUUUUUUGCUUUCUGAGAUGACCAUAGCCGACCUCAGAAAUCAUAUUUUUGUCAAAAUUCUUACAUUACACAUAAUUCUGUUGUGAUCAUGGCAACUUGUAAAUGUUGUAAUAUAUUAGCAUCAAAUUCAGUUACCAAUAGGCAGUUGAAGUAAGGGUAUUAGCAAUCAAUGGCAGCUUUGAUCACCCUGUGUUUAAGUCCAGGGGGAGUCUUCUUUGUCCAUUGCGUCCAAGACGGCUCCCUGUGAAAGUCACACAGAAAGAUUUCACAUUCUGCAGGAAAAAUAAUAAGGAUAACAUAGUGUAGUAGAUUUCACGGUACACCAUGUAUCUUUCUUGGGCAAGUUUUGACCUGAAAAGGACCACCCAAUCUCGACGUUGCGACAGGUGUGUUCUUGUCGUCUUCAGAACGACAUUCUCCUGAAGACAAGAAUACGCUAUUUUUCUUUGCCAUGGAAACCUUUCAGAAUUUACAUUGUAAAUAAGGAUGACAAUAUCCAGAUGGCAAACAAAUUACUGCACUUGUACAACUGACAGUUUGAUUCUUUCCAAUUGAUCUCUUAUCUCCCUCCGACGCCUCCAGUCCCUGUAGCGCUCCCAGAACUGAAAUUACUCCCCUGUUAGUCACAUACAAUUUGGGGUGUUGCCCCAUUCUCCACCUGCCCAUUCUGCCUUACCGACAGUUGGAUUUAUUUCUGGAUAUUCUCUUAUUUCCUUGAGACUUCCACUACGAAGAUUGCCUGGAAUUUUGCAACCCUUAGCAACGGAAACACCCAAUCCCUUUCGGCCUGUACAUGUUUUCCCUUGCACCAAUCCAAGCGAUUUCGCUGAGUGGUCUUGCUACAGCAUCACAUGUAGCACAUAGAUAUACAUUUGACUAGUACUGUUAAAAGGAUAUUCUACUCAAUUCCUUCGCUGGUGGUACGGGAAAGGUUCACAUCACUGCUCUAGGUGAACCAAACCAUAAGCCACUUAAAGGUACAUUUCAACAUAUUUGAAUCUGUUCCUUUACAGUGCUGAUCCUGCACUUCCUGUCGUCUCCAAAAUGACGUGCACUGCAGCUUAUUUUUGACCUGCCAUCCCAAAACCAACAAUUAGUCGACCCUAAUGAAUAUUGAGAUUUUUAUCGAGCUUGAAAAUUCAUUUCCUAAGCCUUAAAUUAAUAUAUGAUAUGUUAAAAUUGACCAACAAUAACCUUAAUAAGUACUUGAUUGCAUGCAGAGGAAAUUCAGCAAGAGGGUAAGGAAAAUAAGGAGAAAACAAGGUUUAAAAAGUUUGGGGUUCACUCAAGCAUGAGAUGUGCAUACUGUGUAAUCUCAGUGAAACUUCCAGCAGUCCGAAAAAGUAGUGUCCAAGAAAAUCUUGUAUCUUUUCUCUUAUUCUACUUUUUCACGACUUAUAGAUUUUAUAGUAGGAAGAAGAAUUGCUCUUUCAGAUGAGCUAUUUUUUUUAUUUUGGGUUUUGGAGACGAAAUUAGUAUUUUGGCUUUUUACAGAGAACCUUACCUGCCAACUUAUUGGUGGGUUGGGGAUGGUAGGUCACAUUUACACUAUUAGGUCUACCUUUCUUUAUCGUUAACGGCAUCACAUCAUCAAGCUCCAUGAAAUCAGAACAGGCUACAUUUUAUUUCCUACAGUGCUUACAUCCAUGACAAGGAAGGGAACUCAGCAUAUGUCUCCCAUCAUAGCACUCACACAUUUCUGGGCUGCACGGUACAUGAGAUAAAGCAUCGGCAUUUGCAUGACUGCGACCUGCGUGGUGCUCCGUCUUAAAGUUGAAUUGUGUUAAGAUCUCUUACCGUCUAGCCAUUUGAUUGGAUCUCUCUCGGAAGGACAUUAUCCAUCUUAAGAGCACUAUGAUCAGUUCUCACCACAAAUUCACGUCCAAGUAGAUAGUGUCGAAAUUGUUUAAUAAA